GUGCGUCAUUUACUUGAGCUGGGGUGGAAGUGAGACACAUUCAGUUGAGCAGUAGUCUUCUUCUCGUUGGUUUCCAUUGAUACUAAUAUCAGAUAAAGAAUACUAACAAGACAUCAUAGAAAGAGAAUACCAGACAAGUAAUGGCUGCAGUUUCCUUGUCCAGAUCUCAGAGAGUGUUCAGGAACUUGUCUCUGAUCCUAUUGAGUGGAUCAGUCUCUCUGCUCCUGUGGAUGGCUCUCAGACGUCCGCUGGCCUCAGACAGGGGUCCUCUCCCCGCUGCAGACCUCCUCCCCUCGGACUACGCUGCCGACCUGCAGGCCUGCUCAGCCAUAAUCCGAGGAGACAUGGAGGGUCUGGAGAGGGAGCAGCUCAGCCUCCUGCUGAAGACCAAGAAGAAGCAGCAGCUGCUUUCAGAGGAGUUCUACCACAACGUAACUCAGGACUGUCAGAGGUACGUUGCAGACAGAGGGUUCAUCACCGUUCCUCUGAGCCAGGAGGAAAAGGAGUUCCCCGUCGCCUACUCCAUGGUCAUCCACGAGAAGAUUGAGAUGUUUGAGAGGCUCCUGCGUGCUUUGUACACUCCUCAGAACGUCUACUGCGUCCACAUCGACCAGAAAUCAUCCGAGGACUUCAGGAGUGCAGUGAGAGCUAUCGUGUCCUGCCUACCCAAUGUGUUUGUGGCCAGUAAGAUAGAGAGCGUGAUCUACGCCUCCUGGUCCAGAGUGCAGGCUGACCUGAACUGUAUGGAGGACCUGCUAAAGUCACCUGUCCAGUGGAGGUACCUUCUCAACACCUGUGGAACCGACUUCCCCAUUAAGACCAACGCUGAGAUGGUUCAGGCCCUCAAGCUGCUGAACGGAAAGAACAGCAUGGAGUCAGAGGUCACCAACAGCUACAAGAAGGGCAGAUGGCAGUUCCACCACAACGUCACGGAUACAGUAGUCAGGACAGAGGUUAAGAAGACCCCUCCACCAAUCAACACCCCCCUGUUCUCUGGCAACGCCUACUUCGUGGUAUCCAGGGCCUUCGUCCGUCACGUGAUGAAGAGUCAGGAGGUCCGGGUUCUGCUGGAGUGGGAGAAGGACACCUAUAGUCCUGAUGAACACCUGUGGGCCACUCUGCAGCGCAUGCCCGCUGUCCCAGGCUCCAACCCCCCCAACAGUAAGUACCAGCAGUCUGAUAUGAACUCCAUAGCCAGGGUAGUGAGGUGGAGCUACCUGGCUGGGGAUGUGAGGAGCGGAGCCCCCUACCCCCACUGCUCCGGGACCUACAGGAGAGCUGUGUGUGUCUAUGGAGCUGGAGACCUGCAGUGGCUCCUAAACCAACACCACCUUAUCGCUAACAAGUUUGACCCCGAGGUGGAUGAUGUGGCGAUCAGGUGUCUGGAGUCAUACCUGCGCUUCAAAGCAACACACCGUGUAUCAGUAAGGACAGUGGAAUCUGGGAAUAUCUUACAAAAACUAUGAAAGGUUGUAAAUACAAUCGUGUAGCUGUUUUUACCCCUUUAACUCUAUUCUCAAACGGCUAGAGCGUGUUUUAUUUCUGAUUAUACUGUAUAUUUCUGAUAUUAAUGUAAGAGGGUUGUAAAUAAAAUGAUGUAGUUUUUCUUAGAUGCUGGGGUUGCACUGUAUCGUUGUGAUUGCUAUGAAUAUUCCAGACAUACACCCUCCUGUAGUCUUUAAUUAGUACGGCAUCAAUCAGCCCAAUGACUAGUUUCACUGAACACAUCAAUUCUGUAACAGUUAUACCAUCGUUAUUACUGUUCUACAUGUAGUCAACAAUGCCAGGCUAUAAAGUUUUAUAACAUUAUAUAUACAUACUUGGUGUAUGAGGGAACGACAAAACCUAUGUGUAUAUAUAUGACUAGUGUGCCUGGAGUCUUUCAUAAUUUUUUAGGGCCUUCCUCUGCACCACUAGACUGCUAAACAGCUUCUACCCCCAAGCCAUUCGACUGCUGAACAGCUUCUACCCCGAAGCCAUUCGACUGCUGAACAGCUUCUACCCCCCAAGCCAUACAAUGCUGAACAGCUUCUACCCCCCAAGCCAUACAAUGCUGAACAGCUUCUACCCCCCAAGCCAUACAAUGCUGAACAGCUUCUACCCCCCAAGCCAUACAAUGCUGAACAGCUUCUACCCCCCAAGCCAUACAAUGCUGAACAGCUUCUACCCCUAAGCCAUACAAUGCUGAACAGCUUCUACCCCACAAGCCAUACAAUGCUGAACAGCUUCUACCCCCCAAGCCAUACAAUGCUGAACAGCUUCUACCCCCCAAGCCAUACGACUGCUGAACAUCUAAUCAAAUGGCUACCCCCCCCCCCCCCCAUCCCAUUUACACUGCUGCUACUCUGUUAUCUAUGCAUAGUCACUUUAAUAACUCUACCUACAUAUUACAUAAAUGACCUUGACUAACCGGUGCCCCGUCUACAGCCUCGCUAUUGUUAUUUUACUGCUGCUCUUUCAUUAUUUGUUACUUUUAUUUAUAUUUUUCUUAAAACGGCAUUAUUGGUUAGCGCCUGUAAGUCAGCAUUUCACUGUGAGGUCUACUACACCUGUUGUAUUCAGCAUUUCACUGUAAGGUCUAACUACACCUGUUGUAUUCAGCAUUUCACUGUGAGGUCUACUACACCUGUUGUAUUCAGCAUUUCACUGUAAGGUCUAACUACACCUGUUGUAUUCAGCAUUUCACUGUAAGAUCUACUACACCUGUUGUAUUCAGCAUUUCACUAAGGUCUACUACACCUGUUGUAUUCAGCAUUUCACUAUAAGGUCUACUACACCUGUUGUAUUCAGCAUUUCACUGUAAGGUCUAACUACACCUGUUGUAUUCAGCAUUUCACUGUAAGAUCUACUACACCUGUUGUAUUCAGCAUUUCACUGUAAGGUCUACUACACCUGUUGUAUUCAGCAUUUCACUGUAAGGUCUACUACACCUGUUGUAUUCAGCAUUUCACUGUAAGGUCUACUACACCUGUUGUAUUCAGCAUUUCACUGUGAGGUCUACCUACACCUGUUGUAUUCAGCAUUUCACUGUAAGGUCUACUACACCUGUUGUAUUCAGCAUUUCACUGUGAGGUCUACUACACCUGUUGUAUUCAGCAUUUCACUGUAAGGUCUACUACACCUGUUGUAUUCAGCAUUUCACUGUGAGGUCUACCUACACCUGUUGUAUUCAGCAUUUCACUGUGAGGUCUACUACACCUGUUGUAUUCAGCAUUUCACUGUAAGGUCUACUACACCUGUUGUAUUCAGCAUUUCACUGUGAGGUCUACUACACCUGUUGUAUUCAGCAUUUCACUGUAAGGUCUACUACACCUGUUGUAUUCAGCAUUUCACUGUGAGGUCUACCUACACCUGUUGUAUUCAGCAUUUCACUGUGAGGUCUACUACACCUGUUGUAUUCAGCAUUUCACUGUGAGGUCUACUACACCUGUUGUAUUCAGCAUUUCACUGUGAGGUCUACUACACCUGUUGUAUUCAGCAUUUCACUGUGAGGUCUACUACACCUGUUGUAUUCAGCAUUUCACUGUAAGGUCUACUACACCUGUUGUAUUCAGCAUUUCACUGUGAGGUCUACCUACACCUGUUGUAUUCAGCAUUUCACUGAGGUCUACUACACCUGUUGUAUUCAGCAUUUCACUGUAAGGUCUACUACACCUGUUAUAUUCAGCAUUUCACUGUGAGGUCUACUACACCUGUUGUAUUCAGCAUUUCACUGUAAGGUCUACUACACCUGUUGUAUUCAGCAUUUCACUGUGAGGUCUACUACACCUGUUGUAUUCAGCAUUUCACUGUGAGGUCUACUACACCUGUUGUAUUCAGCAUUUCACUGUAAGGUCUACUACACCUGUUAUAUUCAGCAUUUCACUGUAAGGUCUACUACACCUGUUAUAUUCAGCAUUUCACU